AUGAAAAUUUUCGUCGGACUUUUCGCUUUUUCUUCCGCUUUUGGCCGAUUUUUCGAUGAGCGAGCCGAUACUGCUGAAGAUAUCAUGCUCAACACACUCCGGCUUUGCGCAAAUUCCGAAUCUGGAAUGACCGAAUGCGCAGUGAAAAUGAGCAAGAAUCUUGAACGAAACUACAGCCAGCAUUACAACUGUAUUAUUGCUAAUGGCAUUGCUGACGCAGAAGGGCGACACACAGCACAGCCAAGAGCAGGUUCUCUUCGGGCAGUUUGCGGGCCGAAAUCAACGAAGACGAUUGACUUUUCGUCUUUUGCUGUCAAGUGCGAAUCUUGCGAGUCCCGCUGCGCCAAUGAGGAGGAAUUUGCGACCUGUGUCAAGGACUGCAUGAUUAUUGCGCACAACUCUUAUGACGGAUUCAACAUCAUGGUUGCUGCAAAACUACACGGAAAGGGAGAGAGUGGAUUUUACAUGCACAAAACAGGUGUCUACUACGAGACGAGAAACAAAACCGAAUGCAUUGCCUUCCGACAUUAUAUCGAGGAAGAAGGAAGUGGAGUUGGUUUAUAA